AAUGUUUGUUGCUAUUAGUGCAGCUUCGAGGCUAUUCACAUUUGAGUAACUAUUCGUCAUCAGGUGACUACUCUGUUACAUAUAUUUUCAGCAAAUUUCCUGCUUGCUUUUUCUCUAAACGUUUCGCAAAUGAUCCAAUAACCCCAAAACUUUAGCUCCUAUUGUUAAUUUAAAGCAACGUUAAAGAAUCCAUGAUCAAAAUGAAAUCCUUAAGUUGUAUGGAGAUGGAUUUAAUGAAUUGAUUAUGAUCACUUCAUUAAAUGAAAAGCAUCAAGGUGACCUGAUCAUUAUCUUCAAAGACUUAUUUUACAUACAACAUUAUAAGUUUACUUUACUUGCAGUCAAAGAACACAACAAUAAAUUAUGUGGCAUAGAGAGAUUGAAAUGUCAUCAACAAAGUCUUAGUAGAAUAAAUUUCAAAACAUGUGGCUGUUUGAAAUUAUUUCAAAAAUAUUCGGUCUUUUAAGGAAAGAAGUUAAAGUCUUAGUGAUCGGGUUGGAUAACAGUGGGAAGUCAACGAUAUUAAACAAGUUGCAAUCAAAGGAAACGCAGAAUUCAUUAACGAUUCCAACUAUAGGAUAUAAUGUUGAAAAGAUUAGAGUCAGUCAGAUGAUAUUCCUUUGUUUUGAUAUGUCAGGUAGUGGAGCCUACAGAAAUUUAUGGGAAAAGUUCUACAAGGAAUGUGAGGCGAUAAUUUAUGUAAUAGAUAGUUCCGAUGAACUGAGACUUACUGUUGUAGAAGACGAAUUUCAACAACUAUUGAAACAUCCAGAUAUUUGCAAUAGGCGAAUUCCAAUCCUCCUUUUUGCUAACAAAAUGGAUUUAUCGAAUUCUAUUACAGUCAAAGAAAUAGUCAAGAUUCUUGGUCUGGAACAAUUGAGAAACAAAUCAUGGAGGAUCUUUGCUUCGAAUGCCAUAAACGGUGAAGGAUUAAAUGACGGUUUGAUGUGGUUAUUUGGACAACUGAAACAAAGUAAUAACUAAAAUGUGAUAAAGAUUCUGAUAGAGAAAAGAUAUAGGUGACCCAUCAGGAUAUGUCAUUUGCUUUUCCAACGAAAUAGAAGUAAGACCCUUGGAAUUUGUGUCAAAACACUUGAAAUUUACAUUCAAAAUAUAACAAAAUCCAGAACAAAUCUAAAGAUAGGAAACCAGAUGUUUAUGCUUUUAAUCAUUAGUAUUUUUAUGCUAUCUUACCGCAUUUAUUUCAAAUGUUAAAAUUUAUAAAAAUGACUAAAAUGUACUGGAUAAAAAGGUUUUAAAAACUUUAUAUGCUAUGGCUGUCACUCACUUUUUUUUAUGAUUAAAAAGUAGCCUUGUUUUCAUUCGAAUAAUUUAUGAUUCUUAUCUUUUGAAACCGAAUGCAGCACGUUUUUACGUAUAGCUAUUCGCUAUAUUAAAUACUUUCAUUAAGAAUUUCACUAGACCACCAUGGAAAACCUGG